AUAGAGGUUGUUCCUUCUGCCUCUGCUCUGAUUAUCAAAGCUCUGAAGGAGCCUCCACGUGACAGGAAGAAGCAGAAGAACAUCAAACACAGCGGCAGCGUCAGCUUCGAUGAGAUCGUGAACAUUGCGCGGCAGAUGCGGCACAGAUCCCUGGCCCGAGAGCUGUCGGGGACAAUCAAGGAGAUUCUUGGAACUGCCCAGUCUGUGGGCUGCAGCAUUGAUGGCAGACACCCCCAUGACAUCAUCGAUGACAUCAACAACGGUGCAAUUGAGUGCCCAGCUAGUUGUAAAGGGCCCAGUGUCAUGUCUCUUGGGUCUCCUGAUUCCUUGAAUGAUGAUACUGGGGGAGUGGG